AUGUGGAUGCUUUCAGUGUUAUUAUGUGCUUCCGUACUUAAGGUACUAUAUUGUCAAGAUAUUAUAAUAAACAUAACUCAAGGAAAUUUGAAGGGCAUUAAAAGUACUACAGUUUAGAAUGCUAAGCCAUAUUUUAGUUUUAAAGGUAUUCCUUAUGCCAAGCCACCAAUCAAAUUUGAUGUGAGUGUAUCACCAGAUUCUUGGACUGGCGUACUAGAUGCAACGCAACAUAGAUCGACAUGUGCAUUUUUCUGUAUAAUAAAGAAAAGAGUUGUUGGUGGUGAGGACUGUCUUUAUUUAAAUGUUUACACACCUAAUAUCAAUAUAAGUACAAAAGGAGCCGUUAUGGUAUUUUUUCAUCCGGGGGGUUUUAAUUCUGGAUCUGGUGAUGAUGACAUUUACGGUCCUGAUUUUCUUAUUGAGCAAGAUAGUGUAGUAACAUUUAAUUCAAGAAUAGGGGUUACUGGUUUUUUAAGUACUGAAGAUGAAAAUGCUCCAGGUAAUGCCGGAUUAAAAGAUCAAGUUAUGGUAUUAAAUUGGAUCAAGGAUAAUAUUGUAAAUUUUGGAGGUUGUCCAAAUAAAGUGACUCUUUUUGGUAUAAGUUCUGGUUCCGCAGCAGUUCAAUUUCAUAUGUUAUCGCCAUUAUCUCGCGAUUUAUUUAGAGGUGCAAUUAUGCAGAGUGGAUCUGCAUUAAAUACUUUUGCAAUGGAGUACAAUCCCAAAGCAAUAGCUAUUAGAUUAGGUGAAAUUUUGGGUAUUAAAGGUACUAAUACAAAGGAAUUAGUGAAUAAACUAAAAGAAUAUUCUAUUCAAGAACUUAUCAUUGCAACUGCACAAAUUACAAAAAGUUUGAAUCACAUGAAUGGGCAUAUGACUCCAUUUGUUCCAGUUAUCGAACCUGAUGUCGGAAAAGGUAUAUUUUUAAAUAAGGAUCCAUGGACAUCGAUAAAAAAUAAUGAUAUUGCAGACGUUCCAAUUAUGAUUGGUAUUAAUUUAAAUGACACUGCUUUUAUGGCUUCUUUAUUUUUAUCGAAUGCAGAAUUGAUGAAUCAGAAUUUUGACUUUUUUUGCCGGAUGACUUAAAUGUUACAAAUACAAAAAAAAAAACAAAUUAGUGCUACAAUUAAAAAAUUUUAUUUUGAUGGAAAACCACUUACUGCUGAUUCAGAAAUACCCUUCACCAUGAUGACUAGUGAUAUAUUCUUUAAUUCUGGUAUUCUUAUGUCUUCUAAAAUAAUAGGAAACAGAAACAAAUCGCCUAUUUACCAAUACUUAUUUUCAUAUGAGGCUCCGUUUGGACCAAUAAAAAGUUUAUUUAAUGUAACAAAAGGUGUUGUUCAUGGUGACGAAUUGGGAUAUAUAUUUUAUGGAAAGUAUUUUAAUAAUACGCCGAAACUUGGGUUAAUUAAUGAGAAAAUGAUAAAAAUAUUAACAAAAUUAUGGGCAAACUUUGCAAAACAAAUGAAUCCAACGCCAAUCUUGGAUGAUGAUAUUACAAUUAUGUGGACUAGUAUGGGAAUAGAUGAAAAUUAUUUGAAUGUUAAUUUACCUAUGAAAAUGGAACAUCUUUUCCAGAAAAGAAUUAAUUUUUGGACUGAAAUAUAUAAUAAUAAAUUAGGCGAUUAUAAAAAA